AUGGGACCGUUUCAAGGGAAGGUCCGCCUUCGGCAUUUGCUUGCAAUUGCAUCGGACGUGUCGCUCCGGAAGAGAUAUCAAGGCUUUAGGACCUCUUCAGAACUCGUAGCACUGAUUCCGCUGCACGUCCGCAAUUCAAGCGGGUUCAGGAAUUUCCGAACCCGCUCUUCGCGAUCAAUCGCCGUGGUACCAAGCCCAGUGCUGCUCACAAUGAAUUUGAAAGCUCUUGCGAACAGAACUGCUUCGUUUCGCAUACACAGUGGCGACAGGAGCUCUCAUCGGCAAACCUAG